AUGACAUCCAACUACAGCAACUUCACUGCCAAUGUUGAUUGUCUCGUCACACCGAAGGUGACUGGCACCAUUCCGUCGGCAAAUGUUAGAGUGGAUUCCUGGCAUAUUCCAUCCGGUGUACUGUUGGCCGAUGCUUCAUUCAACCGUCCACGAGAAGUGGAAAUGCUGAUUGGUGCCGAACAUUUCUUCAACAUUCUGAAGCAAGGCCAAAUCAAACUUGCCGAUCACCUGCCUACCUUGUACGAAACGCAGUUCGGAUGGGUCGUGGCUGGCUCGUACGAGGAAAUGCAAGAAGAUUCUUCACGGUUUUUCGACCAAGAGGAAAUCGCUGAACCAGCAAUGAUGACGAGUGAAGAAGGACGUUUCGAAGAACACUUUCAACGGACUUAUCGUCGUAAUGAAGAUGGACGAUUUGUUGUCCAGCUGCCAUUCCGUGAAUCAGUGGACCAAUUGAAAAGUUCCAGAUCCCUGGCGUUGAAACGAUUCCUGUUGUUGGAGAAAAGAUUGGCGCGAGAUCCUGACCUGAAGGCUCAGUAUGCGGAGUUCAUCGAGGAAUACCAAUCGUUGGGUCACUGCCGUGAAGUGAGCGAGGAAGAAGAUCCUCCUGGUCUACAAUCGUACUAUCUGCCGCAUCACUGUGUCUUCAAGCCAUCCAGUAGCAGCACAAAGUUUCGUAUUGUGUUUGACGCAACAGCCAAAGCGAAUGAACUGUCCCUGAAUGACGUACUAAUGACUGGAACCAGCAGCCAAACUGACCUGUUCAGCAUCACUCGGUACCAGAGAAUCUUCUGGCGAGGACACCUGUCGGAAGCACUAAAGGUCUUGGAGUUAUUAACCGUUACCUACGGUACAUCAGCGGCGUCGUUUCUCGCUGUGAGAUCACUUAUCCAGCUAGCCCGUGACGAGAGUGAGGAUUAUCCAGAAGCGGCCGAAGUUAUCCUGAAUGAUUCCUAUAUGGACGACAUUCUGUCUGAUGUGCUUGAAGGAAUUCCUGAAGGAAAUCGAGAGACCCUAGUGCCCAUCCAGGACUCCAGCGCAAAUGAAGUAAUCAAGGCUUUGGGACUUCUGUGGGAUCCAAAGAAAGACUUGUUCCUGUUCUUCAAGUCGUCUGAACCAACGGAUAACGAAGACAAACCAACGAAGCGGCGUGUCCUGUCCCAAAUAGCGAAGUUAUUUGAUCCAUUGGGAUUAGUGUCACUAGUGAUCGUCGAAACAAAGAUGAUCAUGCAGUGCCUGUAG